CCGGAAGGAUGCGUUACGCGCUCACCGGCGCCGUACGUAUCCACCCUUGGUACGCGCUUGCACCAGCUGAAGAUGUCUUUAAAAUUGACCGCGAAACCAUAUCGAACAGCACACACUUCAUAGUAUGGCACAGCGCCGAGGUGAAGUACUACAUGGGAGUACUGGACUACAUACUGCACCACGAAUUUGCUACCAACAUGACAUUUGCGACCUUAGCUAUGAUGGUACUGGUUCCGGAUAAAUUCAACAAACUGGGACAUGCUGGACCCGCUUUGCCGAUCUGCCUACCCGCUAAAGGAACCGGCGCGUUUAAAAACUUCUACGUUGUCAGAAUAUCAGAUGUUACAGGUGAGUUGAGGAAAGAAGUGACUAAAGUGGAUCCCGUUCAUAAGGAUGAAUGUAAAACAUUUUAUAAAAAAGCAGAGUUGGACUACAAAAUGAUGGCGCCAACGCACAUGCUCUGCGCAGUGGCGCCCGCGCAGGGCGCGCAGCCCUGCAUUUGGGAUGGCGGUGCGCUGUUAGUCUCUCGGGAGUCUGAACUAUAUUGGACACUGUUAGGCUUCAGCUCCCGCGGUCCUGGCUGCGGUGCGCCAGCGCGGUUCGUCGACGUGAACAGUCACAUGGAAUGGAUCGACGCUCAGAUUGCAGCCGCGUCUUAUUACCAAUGUGAAGACUGUCUAUACCAGUGCUGUAAUGCUGUUUAUGCUCCUUCAGCUCGAGGGAAUAAAACGUUGCCUUUUAUAUAAACACAAGGAUCUCCUCCGUUUCUUAUUAUCUUUGCGGCACGUGGUG